AUGGGGAAUCAUCAUGUGAUAGUGUUACUUUUUACGAUGAUGAUGAUGAUGAUGGCAUCGAAUGGCGUCGAGAAUGAGUUAAGAGAAGUAGGAAUUGGGGUGAUUCUUGAUAUGGAUUCCAACGUUGGGAGGAGCACUCGGAUUUGCAUUUUAAUGGCUCUUGAAGACUUUUAUGGUGCACGACACAAUAACUUCACCACCAUCAUUCACCCCCAUUUCCGUGAUUCCAAAUUCGACAACUUCCGAGCUGCUUCUGCUGCCAUAGACCUUCGAAAAAACACGCAAGUUAUUGCCUUUUUUGGACCCCAACAAUCAUCACAGGCACAUUUUGUACUUGAUAUUGCGAAUACAUUCAAACUUCCGGUAAUAUCUCCUGCAACGACACAAAAUUCCUCGACACAAGCCGAACCUAUAGCAGCUCUCAUCAAGUCAUUUGGUUGGACGGAAGUUGUGUUCGUUUUUGAAGAUACUGAUUUUGGAAGGGGACCAAUUCCCUAUUUAUUCGAUGCCAUGGGAAACAUUGGCACUCGAGUCAAGUAUUGCACACUUUUGUCUCCUUCAUCCUCGGAUAAUACACUUAUGGAACAAGUCUACAAAUUAAAGACCACGAAAACCCGAGUUUUUGUGGUGCACAUGUUACCAGCUCUUGCUUCACGUUUUUUCAGGAAAGCAUACGAACUUGGAAUGAUGGCUCCGGGAUAUGCAUGGAUCAUAACAGAUGUUCUUACUGGUUUCUUAUCUCAUUUGGAUCCUCAAGAUUUAGAUUAUAUGCAAGGUGUACUAGGGGUAAAGCCUUAUAUACCACCAUCCAACCAUCUAACUAGCUUUGAGAGGAAAUGGAGGACACGAUUCCAUAAAGAAUACCCUAAUAUGCCGAGAAUUGAGCUUGAUAUGUUUGGGAUAUGGUCUUAUGAUUCUAUAUCUGCAUUAGCGGCCGCACUACAAAGAAUUGAGAAUGAACCAAGUACCAAUACGAAGAUACAUGACUUGGCAGCCAUUGAAAUUUCGCAAUUGGGAUCCAAACUCCUUCCAUUGAUCCAAAACACGAGGAUUAAAGGGUUAAGUGGCGAUUUCCAUGUUGUCAAUGGACAAUUACAAACUUCGGCUUACCAAAUAGUGAAUGUGAUUGGAAAUGGGGAGAAACAUAUUGGAUUUUGGAAUCCAAUGACAGGACUAUCAAAACAAACGAGAAACAAUCAAAAACUAGAUUACACCACUAGUAAAGAUAUACUUAAAGCCAUCAUAUGGCCUGGUGAUACUCCAAAAAUCCCAGAAGGUUGGGACAAUAAGAAACUACGAGUGGGAGUUCCAGCUUUAAGGGGGUUUGUGGAGUUCAUGGAGGCCUAA